AUGGCUGCUCAAGCUCUUCUGCACCAGCAAUGGCUCUGCUUCUCCUCAAACCCGAUAUCAACCACAACCACAAGGCCAUGGCUUCCCGCCAGAACCACCACCCUUUCCUUUUUCCAAAUCCACAAGAAACUCAUUCCCUGCUCUUCUUCUUCUUCAACUUCUCAGUCCCCUGAAGCCAAUACAGAAACCGCCGAGUCCUGUGUCAACUUGGGCCUCCAGCUCUUCUCCAAAGGACGGGUUAAAGAUGCUUUAGUUCAGUUCGAGACAGCACUCAAUUUAGAUCCCAAUCCUAUAGAGGCCCAAGCUGCUCUAUAUAAUAAAGCUUGCUGUCACGCCUACAGAGGGGAAGGAAGCAAAGCUGCUGAUUGCCUACGUACUUGCUUAAGAGAAUAUAAUCUCAAAUUUGGAACAAUUUUGAAUGAUCCUGACUUGGCCUCUUUUCGAGCUUUGCCUGAAUUUAAGGAAUUGCAAGAAGAGGCCAGAAUAGGUGGGGAAGACAUAGGCUACAGUUUUAGGAGAGAUCUGAAACUCAUUAGUGAAGUUCAAGCACCAUUCCGUGGGGUUAGGAGAUUCUUUUAUGUGGCAUUCUCUGCAGCUGCAGGAAUCUCUACAUUCUUCACUGUACCUAGGCUGUUCCGUGCAAUUUCAGGUGGUGAUGGUGCUCCUGCUCUCUUGGAAACGGCUGGGAAUGUUGCUAUUAAUGUUGGAGGUUUUACAGUUCUUGUGGCAUUGUUUUUAUGGGAAAACAAAAAGGAGGAGGAACAACUUGCACAAAUAUCUCGUGAUGAAAGUCUGUCAAGGCUGCCAUUACGGCUCUCCACCAAUCGGGUUGUUGAACUUGUGCAGUUGCGGGACACUGUUAGACCUGUCAUCCUAGCAGGGAAGAAGGAGACUGUUAAUUCAAGUAUGCAGCAGGCAGCGAGGUUCCGAACAGAUCUUCUCUUAAGGGGAGUUCUAUUGGUUCCUGUUAUCUUUGGUGAAGUUAGGGCACCUAAAAUAGAGAAGAAAGGUUUUGGCACUUCUUCAAAGGCAGCUGCCGCCCUGCCGUCUAUUGGGGAAGAUUUCGAGAAACGAACUCAGUCUAUAACUGCAAAGUCAAAAUUAAAAGCUGAAAUUCGAUUCAAGGCCGAGGUUGUAUCCCCUGAGGAAUGGGAAAGUUGGAUAAGGGAUCAGCAGAAGUCUGAAGGAGUCACUCCUGGUGAGGAUGUCUACAUCAUACUGCGCCUGGAUGGCCGGGUUCGAAGAUCAGGGAAAGGUAUGCCUGACUGGCAACAAAUUCUGCAGGAGCUGCCUCCAGUUGAAGCAUUGCUUAGCAAACUUGAAAGAUAGAAAUUUAGGACGUCCCCAGUUUGUAAUAUUUGUU